ACGGCCCACGGGCUGGGCUGACAUGCAGUUCAUCGCACUACAAUGGGCCUUGUCUAACCCGUGCACGUGCAGCUCGCUCGAACGGCAGACGGCACACUGCUGGUGCUGGCCUGCUGCGCUGCUAUCCUUCGAUGCUUAUGCCCGUGGUCGCCUCCCACCAUCUCCCCUCCCUCCAGAAGCUGCUACACCAAUGCCGCUCCAUCCAGCAACUCAACCAGCUCCACGCUCACCUCCUCGUCCAGGGCUCCUCCGCCUUGGCUGCCGUCGCCUCCUACUGCGCGCUCUCUGGAGACGCUGUACACGGAGGUCUCUGCUACGCCCGCUACCUGUUCGACGGGAUUCCCGACCCGGACAGGUUCACGUGCAACAACCUUAUCAGAGCAUACAGCGGCAGCAGCUGCCCCCAAGAAGCGCUCUGCCUUCACCGUGGAUUGCUCAGACGAGGCACGCUGCCCAAUGAGUUCACCUUGCCGUCUGUCCUCAAGGCGUGCACAAGAUCGCAGAUGUGGGAGCACGCGCUGGCUGUCCAUGGCGUUGUUGUGAAGCUGGGCUUCGCACAGCAGGUGUACGUGGGUAACGCGCUUCUGCAUUCUUACGCGUUGGCUGGCUCACUGGGAGAUUCUAGGCGGUUCUUUGAUGAGAUGGUGAACAGGAACGUGGUGUCGUGGAACUCGAUGAUCGGUGGAUACGCACAGAGAGGGGAGGCUAGAGAGGCAUGCACCUUGUUCAGAGAGAUGAGGCGUCAAGGGUUUUUGACUGAUGAGUUCACGCUGGUCAGCUUUCUUCUCGCCUGCUCACAAGAGGGAAACCUUGAAUUUGGUCGGCUUGUGCAUUGUCAUAUGUUGGUUAGUGGAUUUCGGGUUGAUCUGAUUCUCGCCAACGCUUUGGUGGACAUGUAUGGUAAGUGCGGUGAUCUGUGGAUGUCUCGUAGAUGCUUUGACAUGAUGCCCCUCAGGAAUGUCGUGUUGUGGACGUCCAUGCUUUGUGCCCAGGCAAAACAUGGAUCAGUCGAAGCUGCAAGAGACUGGUUUGAUCAGAUGCCAGAGAGGAACAUAGUCUCUUGGAAUGCCAUGAUCUCUUGCUAUGUUCAAGCUGCUCGAUUCCGCGAAGCAUUGGAUCUUUACAACUCUAUGCGAUCUCAAGGUCUUACUCCAGAUGAGGUUACCUUGGUUGCUGUCCUCUCUGCCUGCGGGCAAAGUGGAGAUUUGACUUUUGGGAAGAUGAUACACCGUUGCAUCAGAGAAAGUUUCCAUAAUCCUAGCGUCACUCUAGUUAAUUCACUUCUGGACAUGUACACAAAAUGUGGUCAGGUUGACACAGCUAUUGGCUUGUUCAGUGAAAUGAAUAAUAAAAAUGUAAUUUCUUGGAAUGUGAUUAUUGGGGGCCUGGCGAUACAUGGGCGCGCACAGGAUACAAUCGUGUUGUUCAGAUCAAUGGUACGCAACUCCUUCUUGCCUGAUAAGAUUACCUUUGUGGGCCUUCUUUCUGCAUGUAGCCAUGGAGGUCUACUAGAAGCAGGGCAGUAUUACUUUGAAGCUAUGAGACGAGUUUACAAUGUUAAGCAUGAAGUUGAACAUUAUGCUUGCAUGGUUGAUCUGCUUGGUCGGCGUGGCCAUCUCGAAAAGGCUGUUGAUCUAAUAAAAGAUAUGCCAAUGAAGCCUGAUGUUGUGGUCUGGGGCGCAUUGCUGGGAGCCUGCAGGAUCCAUGGAAAUGUAGAUAUUGGCAGGCAAGUAAUCAAACAACUACUUGAGCUCGAGGGAAUCAGUGGAGGCUUGUUUGUCCUAAUUUCGAACUUACUGUAUGAAACUCACCACUGGGAAGACAUGAAAAAGCUCAGGAAGCUAAUGAAAGAGCGGGGACUGAAAAAGGACAUGGGUGUCAGUUCAAUUGAAUUAUACAAUAACAUCCAUGAAUUUGGGGUGGAAGACAUUAAACAUGAAAGCUCAAAGGAGAUAUAUGCAGCAGUUGAUCAGUUGUCACGUCAUUUGGUUUCUCUACAUGUCUUGGCUGUGCAACAAGAAGAACUAUUUGAAGGGUGAAAGGGUCUAUUUGGGAUUCUUGGCAGGAUCAAUUAGAAGCUCAGAAUGUUAGGAUACAGAAGCAGGCUCCAUACAAAAUGGUGCUAAUGUUCAUUGUCAAGCUUUUAUUAGCCUCUCUGUUGAAGCCUGAAGGUAGGGUAUGUUCACAACACAUUUCUGAAAGUGCGUCCAGGUUCAUCUGAUAAUGGAUAAAAUAAGUGUAGACACUCAGUUUGAGAUGUCAUGGUUCGUUGGGCAAUCCACUCAACCAACUGUACAGAUAGUUAGGUGGUUGUAUUACAUCCUCAAAUUCAGUUAUCGUUGUCUUGUGUGAUGCUUCAAUGGUUCUGGAGAGACAUCCUUGAAAGAAAAUGAUAUCUGGAGAGACUAAAGCUCAGAAACAAUGAAUUCAUCAAAGAUUAAUAGUGAAGCAUUUUGAUGGGCAACUGGUUGAUUCUGCCAUGGUGAUCAGAGUUUGAGACUCCAUAUCUGAAAUCUGAAUCGACCAAAGCGUGUUACAUUAUAGUACAAUAGUACAUCAGUUCAGUGGGGGCCUGCACUUCGUCGCUGGCCAGCUGAACGCAAUGCAAGAGAAGAGUGUCCAUGUGCUGUGCUUUGGCAGUUAAGCGCCGAAAAGUUGUGAGUUGACACUGGUACACCGCACACAUUAUUGGCCAUCCAGAGCUGGAGACUCCAGGGAGCCCACAUCACUCCUCAUCGAUCUGGAAUUCUGGAUUGGUAGCUUACUGGUUGGUACGCCUUUCUUGUCAUGCUGUUGCAAGUUGAUGGCUAGAUGAUUUGGUUCUGGCUAAUGGGAAUACAGAUGCUUUUUGGAACCUGCUUUGUUCUUCUUUUUCUUUUUCUUUACAAAACAUGGAACUGCUUUGUUCUUUUGAGUUCUAAUAUUGAACAAAGCAUGUUCCGAAAACUUGCUUACGAUAACUUGCAUUCGGCCUUAAUUUAGAAAUAGAAAAGGAAGACAGAGUAUGUAUAUGAACGAUGAAGAGUUCAUUUUAUUUGACAAGGAUGCCAGAAUGAUGAAGAUUUUCAUUUUAUUGGCGAAGGAUGAGUUAUAUGAUCACCAGAGAAGUAGUACACAAACCUAUACUAGCCUAUAAUUUGCGUGAGUGGAAGAUUUGUUUGUAGAUUCUGAAGAUGCGAAUACCUUUUCCAAUCAUGAGCACAAUUGCUCACAGAACAAAAGAAGCUAUGAUCUACAGGACCAAGUAAUAAAGUUUUGAAUGUCAUAAAAAAGUAAUAAAGUUUUGAAUUAACCUUAAGCCAGCUCCAGCAGCGUCUGUAAAAUUGAGUCUGUAACACUGUGCUCGGUACUGUACGGUCCUUUUACCGAUGC